CUGUGUGUACUUUUGCUAAAUUUCUGUAUUGUUUUGAUAAUUCAGUUGUACAACCAUGUCAAUUUUAUAAUAAACAUCACACACUUGUAUUUCCCUAUCCAAACUAUAUUAUGUGUGUGUUUUGAGCAAUAAAUAAAACUAUAAUUUGAUAUCUUUGUAAGCGCGUCAUUUCUAGUGACUUGUCACUUCCAAUUGCAGGUGGAGAGCUCGCACUCAGAUUUCAGCUCUGACGAAAUACAUGAAACCCCGUCUGUACAAAGGGGGAGGGGCCGUGCUCAUAACCAUGCUAGCCCAGGAGUCAGACGAGGCAGAGGCAGAGCGACAUCAUCUGCAAGAGGAAGGGGGCGUGGAAGGACAGCACCUACUCGGAAUCCAGAGGAGUUCACCUGGAGUCAUGUAGAUUUCAGCGAUUCGUUUGAUACUGAAUGGUUGGGGGAACAACAAAGGACAGGUGUUCUGAUUGACACUUCAAAUUAUAAACUGUAGACUUUUUUAAGUAUUUUUUUCCGGAUAAAGUGUUUGAUAUCAUGGCUAGGAACACAAAUCUGUAUGCUGAUCAAUACUUGGAGAAUCGGGAACUUGGGGCAUAUUCUCGGUACAAUAAGUGGACUCAAACAUCUGUGUUAGAGAUGCAGGCAUACAUCUCCUUGCAGAUUGCGAUGGGAAUCAACUCAAAACCUGAAUUAGCAGAUUAUUGGAGCACAUACUGGCUGACUUCUAACAAGUUUUCAGAUGUAAUGUCGAGAAACUGUUACCAGUUGCUCAACACGUUUCUGCAUUUCAAUGACAAUGACCAAAGAGUAGCCAGAGGACAAGAUGGUUAUGACCCACUGUUCAAGGUUCGGCCUCUGUUGGACAUUAUAGAUGCUAGAUACCUCAAUGCCUAUGCUCCGGAUAAAGAACUAUCCAUUGAUGAAUCAAUGAUCAAGUUCAAAGGGCGUAUUUUCUUUCGUCAGUAUUUACCAGCCAAGCCGACAAAAUGGGGGAUAAAAACUUUCGCUCUUUGUGAAAGUAACACUGGUUAUGGACUACAGUUCGUAGUUUACACAGGGAAGAGCACAUUCAAUGCCGACAGAGCAUCUGAUUUCUCUAUGACGGAGCAAGUACGCCUAGAAAUGGUGAGAGGAUUUGAAAAUAGCGGACAUACGUUGUAUAUGGACAACUUCUAUUCUUCCCCGCGAUUGUUCCAGGAACUGAAAUCAAAGGGAAUUGGAGCUUGUGGCACAGUGAAGCCAAACCGAAAGUACAUGCCAAACGAUUUGCAGCCCUCUUCCUUGGCACUGAAUAAGGGAGAUGAUCCUGUAUUCAUGCGAACGCCUGAUCUGAUUACAUGUGCCAUGGUAGACACAAAGAGAGUUCACUUCCUUAGUUCAGUGCAUUCAGACAAUACGUUUGACAAUGUUGUGCGGGAUAGGAAAGAAGCAGAAGGAAGAAGAACUGUAGUGCGACGUGUGACGCCUACAACAGCCAAAUGAAUGGUGUAGAUAUUUUAGACCAAAAACUUGGGUCCUACAGUUACCCCCACAAGUCGGCCAAGUGGUACAUGACCAUCUUUCACCAACUUCGUGAAGUGGCCCUUGUCAAUGGGUAUAUUAUUUACUGCAAGUC